CCAGGUUGGAUUUACCAUACGGUGGCAACAUACAAAGAAGAGGAAAUUAAGCUAGAAUUUUGAAUGGCAACUAGUGAUGUGGAGCUUCAAAUAGAAGACAGGAUUGGGCGUACAGUACUUCAAGAACUACGUGACGAUAAAGAAAAAGCACCGGAUCUUGGCAAUGGUGGUCUACCAUUAAUAUUCAUGGUUCCUAGUGUGUUCCGAGAUCUCAGCCCAAAAUGUUUUCAGCCUAGGAUGGUCUCUAUUGGACCUCUUCACAAACAAGACAAACAUUUGAAUGAAUUUGAAGUUAAAAAAACGACUUAUGUUCAUCGUUUUUUGUAUAGUUUAGGUACCACCCCCGACCAAAUGUUAGAAGACUGUGUGCUGAAGGUGAGUAGUAAGUUGAAAUUCAUUAAAUCAUGUUACGCCGAGUCAACUAUCUACAACGACUUAGACCUUACUAAAAUGAUGGUGAUAGAUGCUUGUUUCAUACUUUAUUUCAUUCAUAACCACACAGAACGUUAUGGACCAUUUCCGAUAAACAUGUUGCUUACCCCAUCGAUAACUUUGGACUUGCUGCUGUUAGAAAACCAAAUCCCGUUUUUUGUUCUUAAAGACAUCUUCGAGUCUACUAUUCUGAAAUAUAAUGCGACCACCUCUCUUAGUUUAUAUAUGCAUAAACUUCUCAUAUCUUACAAUAUUCUUGAAGAUAAUUUUGUACGUCGUAAUGUAAGCCUAGACAGAAAUCAUGACCAUAUUCUUGGCCUUCUACACAAACAUUUCCACCCUGUGAAUAAUAUCCGAUCCGGGGAUUAUACGAACCCAAAGAGGCACUCAGCCAUGGAACUGGAUAGGGCAGGGGUUAGCUUUAUGCCUUAUGAAGAUGAUAAUUGGGCAUUGGCCAUGAAAGUGGAAUAUUUACCUAGGUUUUCAUGGUUCCCAUGGUUUUGGAAUAAGCCUACUUUGAGGAUGCCAAAACUUAUUGUUGAUGAUAGAACUGAACUGUUUUUAAGGAACCUUAUUAUAUACGAGCAGUCUUCUUUAGUUCCUAAGUACGUUACAACUUAUGCUUGGGCGAUUGGUAUGCUUAUAGAAACUCCAGAGGAUGUUGCGAAGUUGGCAAAAUCAGAGGUUUUAGUUACAGUAAGUUCGGACCAGAACGCUAGAAAUUUAAUAAAUAACAUAUGCAAAGAAGUUUUGUAUGGGGAUUUCUUUUAUCAUCAACAAUGGCAAGAAUUGGAUGACUAUUACAAUAGUUACUGGCCGAAUGCUAUUGCAGGGUUGAAGCGAACAUAUUUCAGUAGUCCAUGGAAUAUGAUUGCUCUAUUUGCUGGAAUCGUUUUGUUUGUUCUUACUGUGGUUCAGACUAUCUUUGCUGUAAUGGCCGAAAAUCCGUAAUUGUAAUUAAUCAUUAGAUUUUUUAUUGGUUUUUUCUGCGUUUGUUGUUGACGGUUUACUUCUAUGUUUUUUUUUCCGUUGUCUUCAUGUAUCAAUAUUAAGUUUGUCGGUUUUCAUUAUAUUGUUCCAGUCCGACUUCCGUAUUUUGU